GUGAUUUUCAUGCAUUUCGUGUGUGUAUCGUCAAAGACAAAAAAAAAAAUGUAUGGAACCAUUAUCGAAUCGUCUUUCGCUUUGGCGAUGUGUAAUCAUCUCAUCGGCCGGGAACCCAGACCAACCCGUUGAGGGGAGUCCGGCCUGUAUUGCAUGGGUCGUGCCCGCCUCCGGCCCGAUUUAUCGCUUAGCCUGCCUAACCCAAGAACCAAGUCGACUGGGUUAGUGGUCGCUUUCUCCACUCCCCACUCACCCUUUACUACGAAGGGUUUUUCUUCCAGAAUUGCCAAGACAACCAGUGCAACCUUUAAUGCAGAAAAACGCCUUGAAGAAGAAAAAGUAAGGCCUCAUGCUCUGCAGCUGUGUCGAGGACGUAAUUUCGACCACUUUCCCAUGUGUGCAUUCAUUAAAAGACUGAUGAAAUUGCUCUCUUCCUCAUCUUUCUCUAACCUCACUACCUUUUCCCCGCGUUGUCUCUGCGUAUCGACCACUUUCCCAGUUCAUAGCUUCAUCCGUCACUAUUUAGUGCAGGAUUUGAAGAAAGAUAUAAAUCUUUCUGUCGUACAAGAAGAAGAGGAAGCAGUGAGCAAAGGUUCAGCUCAAAUGGACAUGGCUCAGAUUUGGAUGGUGCUAGUCUGUACUCUAGUAUUUUCAUUAGUGGUCUCCGGUGAAGGCUUCAACCGAGCGGCUGUGAUGGCAGCACAAGAGGGUGAUCGGGUCUUGAACUUGCCUGGACAACCUUCAGUGCAAUUCAAACACUAUGCGGGGUAUGUCAAACUCCGCAAAGAUGACUCGAAGGCUCUAUUUUAUUGGUUUUUCGAAGCACAAGUCAGUGCAGCUCAGAAGCCGCUUGUGGUGUGGCUCAAUGGAGGACCUGGCUGCUCCUCCGUAGCAGAAGGAGCUGCCCAAGAAAUAGGUCCGUUUCUUCUUAACGGACCUCAGUUUGUACUCAAUCCGUUCUCCUGGAAUAAAGCUGCAAAUAUGCUGUUUUUGGAGACGCCAGUGGGUGUGGGCUUCUCCUAUACCAACAACUCUGAAGAUUAUGAUCGAGUCGGGGACCAAUCGGCAGCUGAAGACAAUUUGGCUUUCUUGGUCAAUUGGUACAGAAGGUUCCCCAACUACAAGACAAAUGAGCUCUACAUUUCCGGGGAAAGCUAUGCUGGUCAUUAUGCUCCUCAACUUGCUGAUCUUAUCUUCAACAGAAACAAAGGAGCUGCCAAAGACUCAUUCAUAAAUCUUAAGGGUAUUAUGAUGGGGAAUGUUGUGAUUAACAAUCCGACAGAUAUGGAAGGCGCUGUGGAUUAUGCGUGGGGGCACGGUAUCUUGUCAGAUCAGAUUUACAGAUCCAUAAAGAAAGGAUGUGAUUUCAGUGAUUCUAGCCACACCAACAUAUGCGAUAAUGCUUUUACUGGCUUCAUUCAAGCUUAUGCAGAUAUUGACAUUUUCAAUAUCUAUAAGCCGAGUUGUCUGGGUAUUGGCAAGUCCUCUUCAUCAAAUCUGGCUGUGGUUUCCCCUCUUCAUGAAUUAUUUUGGGGUGAGGGUGUACCACGACAUUACAAUCCGUGUCGUGAUUACGCAUCGCCUUAUUUCAAUAGACCCGAUGUCCAGAUGGCCCUACACGCCAAUGUCACUGGAUUGUCUUAUCCUUUCUUGAUAUGCAGUCCUCUAAUAAGGAAGUGGAAUGACUCUCCUUCUAGUGUACUGCCCACUAUUCAGAAGCUAUUGGAUGCAGGUCUGCGGAUUUGGAUUUUCAGCGGGGACAUUGACGGUAGAGUGCCGGUGACAUCCACAAGGUACAGCCUUCGCAAGCUGGGUCUAAAAGUAAAGGAAGCAUGGAGGCCAUGGUAUGAAAAUCAUCAGGUGGCUGGGUGGGUGCAGACUUACAAGGGUGGGCUCACGUUUGCCACUGUACGCGGUGCAGGACACCAGGUCCCAGUCGACAAACCGGGAGAAUCGCUCACUCUCUUCUGUCAUUUCCUUUCUAACACAAGUCUGCCGGCUUCUCGAUAUUAGACUGAUCUGACUUUAAUGGGAUUUUAAAACUCUUGUAUGCUAUGUGUGUAUAUAUGUUUAUUUGAGAGAAGCAGAACGUGUUGUUUAUGAGUGUAAUUUGUUAUAUUCUGAGAAAUAUGAUUUUUUUUUUUUGAAACGGGGAGG